AUGGACUACUACGGACACUUUGAGUGGUCGCAGGAGCUCCGCCUACGCAUGAAAACUAUAUUCAACAUCGACGACUUCCGUCUCUGCCAGGAAGGCGUGUGCAACGCGAACAUGGACGGCCGAGACAUCAUCUGCAUUAUGCCCACAGGUGGCGGCAAGUCACUAACGUACCAGCUCCCCGCGCUUCUCGCUCCUGGCUGCACCGUGGUCAUAUCACCGCUCAUCGCUCUCAUGACGGACCAGAUCAUGCACCUUACAGAGGCCGGUAUCGAAGCCGCUAUGCUCACCGGCUCCAAAUCUCGUCAGUACCAGGACGAGGUACUUCGUCGCUUAGAGUUCAGCCCGCGAGCCCUCCAAAACAGCGCGCAAAAAGAGAUUAAACUUUGUUACGUUACGCCGGAAAAGAUGAACAAGGACAAAAGGAUGAUGGAGGUCUUUUCCAGGAUGUCUCAAGACAACCCACGAUUCGUGAUUGACGAGGCUCACUGUGUCUCGUCACUCGGACAUGAUUUCCGGCCGGAUUACAUGGCACUGUCGGAACUCAAGAAGAUGUUCCCGAAAGUCCCCAUUCUCGCCCUGUCCGCGACAUGCCCCCCGCGGGUCCUGACAGACCUGCUCGCAACGCUGCGUCUCGGCCCCAAGACUGAUGGUAGAAAUGCGAGCCUGAAGGGGACAGUGUCCUUCUCGAGUCCGCUGUACAGGCGCAACCUGCACUACAGAGUCCUCGCAAAGCCGAACAACGAAACGCUACUCAAGCUCAUGACCGAGUACAUCCGCGCCUCGCAUCCCAACGAGACCGGCAUCAUCUACUGUCUUUCCCAGGCGGACGCCGAGAAGGUCGCGAAGGGUAUAUGGGAAGAGAGCGGGAGAAAGAUCAAGACAGGCGUGUAUCACGCGGGCAUCGCGGAGGACACGAAAGCGAAGCUGCAUGAAGACUGGACGACGGGGAAGGUGCAGGUCGUGUGCGCGACGAUCGCGUUCGGUCUCGGCGUCGACAAGGCAGAUGUCCGAUUUGUGCUUCAUCAUUCGACAUCGUUGGAGAAUUACUAUCAAGAGUCGGGCCGUGCGGGCAGGGACGGCAAGGAUGCAGAGUGUAUACUGUACUACAAGGCGCACGACGCGUUCAGGCGGCCAAACAUCCUCCUGGACGAUCUCGACGGCCAGACCAAGAUCCACGGCAUGCUCCGGUUCGCGCAGGACCUGGAGGAGUGCCGCAACGUACACUUCGCGAGGCGAGUGCACUUCUCAGAGUCCGCGGACCGCGCAAUGGCGGUGUGGACGGCGGACAGCGACGGGGACGGGGACACGCUCGCGCGGUGCGGGCACUGUGACAACUGCACGCGACCGCCGGAGACGAUCGACGUGCGGGACGUCACGCUCGACGCGUGGCGCGUCCUGCGCCUCGUGGAGUGCGUCGCGCAGAACAAGCGCUACGUGACGCUGCCGAUGCUCACGGACCUCGUCCGCAACGCGCGUAGCGAGCGGAUUCGCAAUCUGGGCGUGGACGUGCCCGCCGUCGCGGGCGGCAAGGUCGCCCUGCGGAAAGAGGACGCGGAGGCGCUCGUGAUCCACCUGCUGCUCGCGAACUACCUCAGGGAGACGUGCUUGAGCAAUGACUAUGGCACCAUCGUGUACCUCGUGCUCGGCCCAUGCGCGGUGCGGCUGCUG